GUAUUAUGACGCCAUUUCCGCUUAGCCAAUAUACUUUUUUUCCUCUCUCCUCUGAAGCUAAAUAAGCUUUUCCAUAACAGUGUGUCUUCGCUCACCUAUACAUUUGUGCAUUGAAUUUAAAAUAAUAUCCUGUAGCGAAAAGAAGAGUGGAGCUCUCUUUGACUGGAUAUUGAAGUUGGAGACGACACUCGGCAGCAUAAUGUCUGCAGAACUGGACCUGUCCCCACCAGAGGUCCCUGAGCCCACCUUUCUAGAGAGCUUACUGCGCUAUGGUCUGUUUCUGGGUGCAAUCUUUCAGCUCAUUUGCAUCCUAGCUGUCAUCUUACCCACAUCUAAGGGACAUGAACAGGAUGAAACUGAGUCUACUGAUGGCAAGACCACUGAACAGAUGAAGAAACCUAAAGGACCAGCGCCACAGAUUCGACAGAAGCCAAAGAAAGAAAGCAAAAAGAAGCGAUAGAAUGUCUUAAAUGCAGUGUGUAUGUGGGUGUGUGUGUGUGUGUGUGUGUGGAUGCUACCUGCUUGUCUGAAAGGUUGUGUAGUCAUCUGUGAGUCAACAUUGGUAUUUUCCAAAACAGUUUCCACUAAAGGUACAUAAAACACUAAGUGGUUUAAAGAAGUUGAA